AUGGGUUUCGAUUUCGAUAUCCUGCGACGUAUUGCUCGCGACAAGUUCAUUCAUAUCUUGGAGAGUUCGCCAACCGGAAAGAUUGUGGUGUUCGACGUGAGCCUUUUGAAGCCGUUGGACCGAAUCGUCGGCGCCAGCAUCCUGAAGCAGCACGGCGUGAAUAAGAUCUACAAAUUUCAUGAGUUCACCGCAAAGCUGGCCGAGAAUGCCCACUACUGUAUCUACGUCGUUCCGCCGACCGUUCGCCAUGCGCAGAUCAUCGCGCAACAGGUAUGCGACAGUACGCGCGAAUGUUCUUGCAGGUUCACGGUUGUGUUCGUGCCGGUGAAGUUUGCAUUCUGCGACCGGGUGCUCGAAAAGAAUGGCGCCUCAGGACUGAUACAAGUCGAGGAGUUUAGUUGGUCGUUCGUACCUCUCGAAGCCGAUCUGCUUAGCAUGGAACUGCCUCGGUUUAUGGCAGUAGCACGUUCUUUGGUAGACUUUCAGACGUUGUACGGAGUCUUUCCUGCCUUCACUUGCAUCGGCAGAUACUCUUGUAUUGUCGAACGCUUAACCAAGACUUUGACGUUGGACAUAGUAAACUCGGGCUCGAAGUUCCCAUCACAGACUUUCACCGAUGCCUUCCUGAUCGACCGCAGCGUUGACUUCGCUACCGUCUUUCUGUCUUGUCUGACUUACGAGUCACUGGUAGAUGAGUUUUUCACCAUUCAGUGUGGCUACGUAGAAUUUGGUCCUGAAGUGACGAAGAAGGAUAGACCACAAAGACGCUUGUUAAAUGCAGGCGAUCAGGUGUUUGCGCUGAUUCGAGACAAACAUUUUUCUGAUGUGUUUCGAAUUUUGAAGAAAAGUACCGAGCAUCUUCGGAAAGAGUUCGACAAAAGGCAGAAACUGACUACCGAUGAGUUGAAACAUUUUAUACGAACUGACCUUAAAGAUCUUAAAGUCGAACAUCAGAGUUUGGCAUUUCACAUCACUGUUUCAGAGGUAAUUGAGCAACGUCGGGAACUAGAAGAGCAGCUGGAUUUCGAAAACCGGAUUAUCAGCGACUUAGAUUAUUCUUCGUCGUUCGAUUUCAUCCGGGACUGUGUGGCCCUGCAGAUCCCGGAAAACAUUUGUCUUAGUUUGAUAUGUCUGCUUAGCCUCGUGCAGAACGGACUUGCUCAGAAGGAUUACAAUACUCUACGAAGCGAGUUUCUACAAGCAUAUGGACAUCGCCACUUGGUAACAUUUUUUGCUUUGAAUUCGCCUUCAGCUGGGUUUCGCGGCCUGUGUAAAAGGUUUAAGUUGGCCCCAGGAGACGACGUUUUUCGUCAGGAAGAGUCGGGUAAUCUUGCCUACGUAUUUAAUGGCGCGUACGUUCCGUUUGCGUGUCAGACCGUGAAGAUGGCUUUCGAAACGAGCAAAGCAAAAGAUGAGUUCUUCCACUCCCUUGGUUGCUUAGCAGAACUGCAGCGAUCUUCGGACGAAGCGAUCAUUCCUAGCAGAAGGUCAAUAUUCGUUUGUUUCCUUGGUGGUGUUACUUAUGCCGAAAUAGCUGGAUUGAGGUUAUUAUCUCAGCUGAAGCAAUGUGACAUUUGCAUCGCAGCAACUUCAGUGGUUAGUCCAGUAUUCGCGUCUGUUCGAAAUUCCGUACAUUUCUGA